AUCCCACAUUGUCGUUUUGCUUACACACACACACACUGUCGUUUUGCUAACAAUCAGAGUUAUUUACUGUCCCUACAUCACAGGAGGGUUUUAGGUUCAUUUCAGUCCUCUCUCUGAAGUGAACGAAUCUUAUUAUUGUUAGUUUGCCUUUUUGCAGUUGGUUGUGAGUUGAGCUUUAUAAGCUUUAACCAAUUAGGUUCUCGUUGUUGAAUAAAUAAAGAACCAUAUGACGAUUGAUCUGAGAACUGUGGAGUGUCUAAGAGGGAGACUACUUGCAGAGAGGCAAGUUUCAAGGUCUGCUAAAGAAGAAGCAGAGCUCAUUACCAGAAGGAUGGAAGAGCUGGAGAAACAUCUGAAAGAAGAGAUCAGAUUAAGAGAAAAAGCAGAGAAGAGACUAAAAUUUCUGAUUAAAAAGCUUGAGUUCAUAAAAGGGUCAAACAGUUCUGAGAGUUCAGAGCAAUCAAGUUCAUCUGAAGCUUCUUGUUUGUCAUCGGUUUCCACUUCAGCAUCCAAUGAAGAAGAAUAGAAGAACAAGAAAGAAACUCAUGGAAAUGGAUUUUUGGAGGAAGGAAAAGUAUAUCAAGCAACUGAAAAUGUUGUCUCCAGGGUAAAAGAGUUAAAUUCAAAUGUCAUAGUUGUUUCUUCUGGUGAAGUAAGUGUUAUUGCUUCAGCGUCAAGUCAGGAAGGAGAAUCACAGGCUGGUAAUGAUUUUUCUAAGGGCUCAGAUACAUCUUAAGAUAGUUCCAUAUCUUUAAAACCAAGAAGUUCAGGACCGAAGCUAGUAGCAUGUUAUAUGUUGUGUUUCAUUUCAGUACAAGUGGUAGUUAUCCUAAUUAUUAUGAGUCAGCGGUGACAUUAUCAGCUGUAAACCUAUUGGUUGUGACUUGCGAUACUAAGCAUUAGUAUAUCUAACUUACGAGUUUUAUGAAAUAAUUUUUUGAAACAUAACAAAUGUGUUUAAUGGACGACAACGAAUGAAGUAUAUAUCUAGCUUUCUUAUAACACUAAAUCAGGUUACAAAUAGUGUGACAAAAGUACGUAUAGCAUGUCAGUACAGAAAUUUGUAAAUCCAAGCAUUGUCGAUAAGUAUUGAAACACCCGCCCCUUCCCCAUUUCCAACCGGGGUUCCUGGGUGCGGGGUUUAGGACACACAUGUCUACUUUCCCGACAUUUCCGUGUGUCCCGUUUCUGGUCCCAUGAGUUUCAGGUGCGUUUCCUUUCUUACCGUCGAUAUUUCCACUUAUAGUUCUGCAAAAAAAAGAGAGAGGAAAAGAGGAGUGAGUAUGAAUACUCAGUGAAACGAUUCUAGACCAGUCUCUCCCAUGAGCUUUUAUACCGCUCAAUGCGAAACGAGAACCGACUAGUCACUACACCCAUUUCUUAACUAACUAUUAAAGUUUCAUUUCACAAAACAAACAGUGCAAUGAACUCAGUCAUCGCUCAAUUCACACAAUUCGGUUUAUUAUUUAAGACUCCAUUCAUCCUAUAACUCUAUGACCUACACAGCUCAAGCGGACCAACCCUCCCCUUUUCUUGCUGCGUUCCUGUGGAGCCGCCUGCCCUGGUACACUCGGCAUCCGGUUCCCUUGGAUGUAGUCUAUACCCUUUGCAGUGUAUUACGGCCCCUUCCCGCCAAGACUCGGCGUGACUCAAUCUUACCGGCGCCUCUAUUCUUAACCUGCCGUUUUUGAACGUUACGGCCGCCGCGUUUUCCCAUACUCCCCACCAGUCCCUCGGUGGUUCGUAUACCAUUUCUAUUCGUUUCCAUACUCACCACCAGUUCCUCGGUGGUUCGUAUUUCAAUCACUUAACUUUUCCUUUUUCUUUUAUUUCCUUUUCCCUUAUCAUUUCCUUUUCAUUAAACCCUUAGACUCUUUAUUACUUUCCUUUUUAGACGCCACCCGUUCUUGGUGUCACACUCAAUCCAUUUAACAAUCAUUCAUAGUUAUCCUACCAUUCAUCUAACAGACCGGUUAACAGUUCUCUUAUUAUCCUAUGUUCAUUUCUUUAUAACCAUCCUAGCUCUUAAACACAACCACAGAUCUUCAACCAAUCAAACAAUCAAUCAAUCAUCAACACACCAGUUUAUUUAGAAUCUUAAAUCAGUACGAGAGUUAUAAUGCAAUAUGGUCUAACAACCUAACAACAACCAGGAUCUACUCAAUCCUAGAUCCAUAUUCAACAAUAUAGAAGAACAUGAAAGAGAUCUGGGUAGAACACCUCACCUUAGCUUAGAUCUGGUUCUGGAUCUGAGAUGAGAGGCGAGAGAAGUGAGAGUUGAGAACACGGACACCACACGACCACCACCACCACUCGCGGUUGCUCACGGCGAG